AUGGACAUGGCGGAAGGGCCGGUCGCUUGGGACCCCUCUAAGGGUGCCCGGCGUUGGGCGUUGGGCGGCCUGGGCAGACAGACAUUUGAGCCAAAGCGACCAAGCCGUGGGAUCCAGCUAGAUCGGGAUUCUGCACUACGCCGCGUAUGGCAGCUGAUCCUGGACCGGGAUUUGGGCAGCAGCGAUGGCCUGCUUACGCACACGGAGCGGGAGUUUUUCAGCGAGAGCGUGGAGGAGCCGAGGACUGCUCCACCCACGCCGCAAAAAGCAACGCCUGAGAAGAUCGAGAAGGAAGAUCCCCUGAUCGAAGUCCGGUGCCAUGGCCAAAGUUGGGCCUUGCCUCGGGGAAUAGAGACUGAGAUGGCUGAGAUGGCUCGGAAUGGAUGGAUGGCUAGAGAUGGUGAAGGUUUUGAAGCUAGAGACAUGAAGAGGCCUUUUUUGGCGGCUUUGAUGCAUCCGGAGGGAGCCGCCCAAUGGUCGCAGCUGAUGCAGCUCUUGAACACCUUCUCUGAUCAUCGACCUGACCUGGUGGUGCUGAAUGCCGCACUGCAUGGCCUGGCUGGGCGCUGGCGGACGUUGUUGGAGCUUUGGAGAGGGGCUCGAUCAAGGUGGUCCCUGCGACCAGAUGUGGUCUCCUACUGUGCAGCCGUCGCCGCUGUACGUGGUGAGGAUGCACAGGUGCGGCGCCUCUGCUCUGAGAUGCAGCACGACCGCAUCACGCCAGACCUCGCCAUGGACGUGGCCAUCGCUGAGUCGCUGGCGGCGCCGCCGCAGCUCUUGGGUGCCCUGAGCGAAGUGACUGCAAAGGCCCAAGGAGUUCUGCAAACACAGGCGCAGCGCCGAAGUCGAGGCCAGUGGCAGGCAGGGACGCGCUUCGGGGGGAAGGGUGAGGUUAGCUGGCGAAUGGGCUGGCGAUGCCUGGUGGCAUGGGAGGCUCCCAUUCAGAAGCUUCAAGAGCGCAAGGCUUGGACAGAUGUCGGGAUGCGGCCCGGGUCCUUCCAGCCCAUGGGCUGGCGAAGCCAGGGACCAGUGCUGGUGUCUGGCCUGCCACAAGCACUCCCGACACGGCGGCCGGACGUGACCGGGUCCUUUGCCGGGCCUGGGCCAGCGCACGCGCCGCCUCAAGCGCUGCACGCGCCGCACGCGCCGCAUGCGCCGGUUCCGGAGGCGCGGCCGAACUUCCCGCACGCGCAGCAGCCAUCGGGGCCGGCGCCGCAGUCGGCAUCGGGGCCGCAGCUGCCACAGCCCGCUGCAUCUCCGUGUGUGCCUGGAGCUCCCCCGAUGGUGGUCCGCUUGUCCUCCUGGGUGUCCACCCCGCGAAGUUUGGCGAGAGAUGAGCCGGUCUGUGUGGCGGGCCCACAGGUGUCGAACUGGUCUCCGCCUGAAAUGGGUAUGGCGACAUGGCCGGCGCCAGCAGCGUCGAUACGUAGUCCGCGCAACACUGUGAGCACGCCUCGGGAGGAGUCCCCGGUGCGUCACCCCACAGACCCGGCUGAGCGCGCGGCGCUGCGGGCCAAGCUCCGGAUCUUGCCCAGUCCGAAGGGCCGGCCGGAGGCUGAAGUGCCCAACCGCUCGGUGAGCCCGCGCAGCCGGAAAGGAGGACGCCCCACAGUGCAGCGGAUGCAAUCGCCAAGGUCGGCCCUGCGGCGUAGCGCCAGCAGCAGUGGCUACUCCGGCGUGCCAUCCAGCUACUCUGCGAGCGUCCCGGCCUCCCAGCCUCAGGACACCAGUCAAAGCGUCACCGCCCCGGCGAGCGUGCUAGAGCGCGAGCUGGGGGCGAUUCAGCGCAAGGCAGCCGAGAGGGAGGACCCACCAGCACGGGCCGGCGGGGGCGAGCGUCGGGGCGAGCGUGGGGGAGGGUGCUUCGAGCAUGUUGAGGAUUAUAUCCACUGGAUGUCCCAGCCAAGCCGCGUGGUCUACGUGGAAUGGCGGAAAGUGCGGCAUGAGAGCCUUGCAUGGAAGAGUCGUGGAUUGACCUCGCAUUCUUGGCUGGAAGUCCGCUUGUUGGAUGACCGCCGCUUGCGGAUGGAGAUCUACGCAGACAGAGGCUACACCGAGCAAUGCUUCGACCCCCGAGCCGUCAGCGCGCCCGGUGCGGGCACCGCGGGGCUACGCUUCUUCGACCCAGACAGCACCAUCUACGACGGCCGCUGCGCGGGCGAGACGGAGCUGCGGCGGGCGCUCACGGCGGAGACGCUGCGGGAGGAAGCGAAGAGCUUGGCGCGGAGGCCAUACUCAUUGAGUGAGUUCAAUUGUCAUCACUUCGUGCUGGAGCUUUGGAACAGCAUGGUGGUGGACUCCUUGCAAUCCAAACACUUCCCAGAUCGAACCAAGCUGGGCUUGCUGUGGGGCGUGGAGGAGAUGAUGGGCCACUGGCUUCAAGGCGCUUCCUCCUUAGCUUCUGUGGGCGCCCCGACUUCGGGCGCUGCACAGAGGGCGCCACCCACCAUACCUGUGCGGGCGGAUGUAUUUUUGCUGGAGACCACUGGGCAGAUGAGGUUGGCCGAGAUGCCACAGUCGAUCGAGACAGCAGGCAACAGUCCCACUGCCUGCUGGGCCGCCCGGCAGCUGCCGGGCGUGGAGGAAGCAGCGAUGCGGGUGGUGGAGCUGAUACGGACCUUUGACAUCUUGGAGCUGAACAAGCGACUCGAGUUGGACUUGCCUAAGACCACCUUCAGCGUCUUCGCCUCCUUCGCCUCCACCUCGUCCUCAUCGGUGGGAACCUCGUGGGAGCACUGCUUCGUUCUUCUGCGCGGCAGGGAGCUCCGCUUGGCCGUGCACAGCGUGGGACUGGGGCGCCAAUUCCUGCUUCUGAGUGGCGAUGCCUUGCGCAACCAGGAAGAGCACUGGCAGUGGCGAAGGGAAGAGCACAGGUUGUCUCCAACAGAGAGAGCCUUUCAGCUCCAGGAGCCCUUCCGCCAAGCGCUUCGCCGCAGCGCAUGGCACGCACUGCCCACGGCCGAAAGCGAUUUCAAGGACCUGUCAUAG